AGCUUUGCAUCAUUUUGUUCUGUUCACUAAAACAUUCAAGUUCCUUUUUGUAUACUAGUCACUUAUUUUUCCACCUCUUUUUUUUCCUUUUCUGGGAGAAAACACACAGCAAGUGGAAAUCUGUUUUUAAGAACCGAGAGAGCAUUGAAUGAUGGUGAAAAUUAUUCCAGCAGCCCACCUAGUGGGAGUACUGGUUCUGUUGUUGUGCUGCUGGUCAUGGAUGACAGCAGCAGAGUAUAUGGCAUACAAGGACCCCAAACAGCCUAUGAAUAGAAGAAUAAAAGAUUUGAUGAGCAGAAUGACUUUAGCUGAAAAGAUUGGUCAGAUGACGCAAUUGGACCGCUCAGUUACCACGUUCGAGAUCAUGAGGGAUUUCUCAAUUGGCAGUGUACUGAGUGGUGGAGGAAGUGUUCCUAAAAUGCAGGCCACUCCAGAGGAUUGGAUUGAUAUGGUUGACAAUUUCCAAAAUGGUUCACUUUCAAGCAGGCUUGGCAUCCCUAUGAUUUAUGGCAUUGAUGCUCUUCAUGGUCACAACAAUGUCUAUAAGGCAACCAUUUUCCCACAUAACAUUGCACUUGGAUGCACCAGGGAUGCUGAGCUUGUUAGGAAAAUUGGUGAGGCAACUGCCCUUGAAGUUAGAGCUACUGGUAUUAAUUAUGCAUUUGCACCAUGUAUCGCGGUCUGCAGGGAUCCGAGAUGGGGGAGAUGUUAUGAGAGCUAUAGUGAGGAUCCAAAGAUAGUCCAAGAAAUGACCUCCAUCAUAUUAGGAUUGCAAGGCAAAGGUCCAAAGAAGGGUGUUCCAUUUGUCGGUGGAAAAAAACGCGUAGCAGCGUGUUCGAAACACUAUGUGGGUGAUGGAGGCACAACCAGGGGCAUUAAUGAGAACAACACAGUGAUAGAUUGGCAUGGUUUGUUGAGCAUUCAUAUGCCUGGCUACUUCAAUGCCAUAAUCAAUGGUGUAUCUACUGUCAUGGUUUCUUACUCCAGUUUAAAUGGUGUUAAGAUGCACGCUAAUCGCUUCCUAAUCACAGAUUUUCUAAAGAACACUCUUAAAUUUAGGGGUUUUGUUAUUUCUGAUUGGGGUGGUAUUGACAAGAUUACGACUCCACCUGGUGCAAAUUACACUUACUCAGUUCUUGAGGGUAUUAAUGCUGGCAUUGACAUGAUCAUGGUUCCAAUGAACUAUACUCUGUUCAUUGAUACUCUAACAACCCUCGUCGAAAACAAGUUUGUGUCCAUGAGUCGUAUAAAUGAUGCAGUUUGGAGAAUUCUGAGAGUCAAGUUCACAAUGGGUCUAUUUGAGAAUCCUAUGGCUGAUAAGAACUUAAUCGACGAGCUCGGUGCCCAGGCACACCGAGACUUGGCAAGGGAAGCUGUAAGGAAGUCACUUGUUCUAUUGAAAAAUGGACAAGAUGCAGAUCCUCCUAUGCUACCACUACCCAAAAACGCAACAAAAAUACUAGUUGCUGGAACCCAUGCUGACAAUCUAGGCUACCAAUGUGGUGGUUGGACAAUUACUUGGCAAGGACUUAGUGGCAAUAACCUAACUACUGGAACAACCAUCCUUGAAGCCAUUUCAGAUGCAGUAGAUCCAAUCACAGAGGUUGUGUUCAGUAAAGAUCCAGAUUCAGAUUGGGUAGAAGCACAAAAUUUCACGUAUGCCAUUGUUGCUGUUGGGGAGCAUCCAUAUGCAGAGACAGCUGGGGAUAGUCUAAACCUGACAAUUGCUAGUCCAGGUGAAUAUGUGAUCGACAACGUAUGUGGGAAAGUCAAGUGUGCGGUGAUAAUUGUUGCCGGACGUCCUGUGGUGAUCGAGCCCCAGCUCACCAACAUUGAUGCUCUGGUUGCUGCAUUUCUUCCGGGUACAGAAGGAGGAGGAGUUGCUGAUGUUCUGUUUGGUGAUUAUGGUUUCACUGGAAAGCUUUCUCGUACUUGGUUCAAGACAGUGGAUCAGCUCCCUAUGAAUGUUGGUGAUGCACAUUAUGAUCCACUCUUCCCCUUUGGUUUUGGACUCACAACUGAUCCAAUUGACACAAAUUAGACUUACAAGAAGAAUCUUUUUUUAUAUAGACUUAGGAUUAUUUGCAGAGCCAGUCACAAAGUAGUCCUCUUUUAGUUUUUCAGUUUUUGUUCUUUUUUCCAGAUAAAUUGUUCCACUUGAUUAACAGAGAAUAUGGUCCUUAAUAUUUGUGUUGUGUCAAAAACAUUUUUAAAUAAAAAGUAUAAAUUAGUUUUAUUUUAAAGUAAAUAUUGCAGCUUUCUUAUUGCGCCAACAUUCACACUUUGCUUUAGGACUAAGAAGGAGGUUCUCAUUUCAAGUUCAGUUAUCCACGACAUUUAAGUAGUUCAAAAGC